CCGCAGACGCGCACAGGCAGACGCGCGCCCACCCUCCCCGGCGGUGACGCACUUGGAUCUGGGUAACUUUUUAGGCGAGUCGCCGGCCCGUCCCGAGCACUCGGUUCUCUCUUGGUCAGCGUGAAGCGAUGGCAGGAAGAAGCGGUCGCCUCGCCGCCGUCCGGGGAUUGAUGGAGAUGGGCUCCCGCCCGCGAUGCUCGAAAGGAGCCGGAUUGCAUUUGCCACCUUGCAGGCGCUUCAGCUCCAAAAGGGUUCUUGCCCCUUGUACCCUGAAGACCUGCUCCUCCCUGGCUUCAUGGUCAACCACCAAACAGCAGAGCCGGCCCUUCCUGAGUCUGGCAGCCCCCCUGCUUGGUGCCAAGCGGAUGGAGUAUGCAGAAGUGCGUCAGCUCCCGUAUUCCAUUGAGCAGAUCUACAAUACAGUGGCAGAUGUGGGCAGCUACCAGUUGUUUGUGCCCUGGUGCACCGGCUCCCGUGUCAUUUCCCAUCGCAACGGGUUCCUGCAGGCUGAACUAGAAGUGGGAUUCCCUCCUGUGGUUCAGCGCUAUGUCUCCGACAUAUCCUUGGUGCCUCACCAUCAGAUCCGGGUUGUGAGUAAUGAGGGACAGUUGUUUCAGCAUCUGGAAACACUGUGGCAGUUUGAACCAGGACGUCCAGGGCAGCUGGACAGCAGCUGCACGCUAAAGUUUUACGUAAGUGCCCUUUGUAUGCCAGCUCCUAGCGGGGGUGUGACUUGCAAGGCCAAUAGGAUGUGCGCUAAGAGCUGCAUGUUGGCAAAGUCCCGUUUCAUCAUAGGUUCAAAGAUUACGCUGGAGGACUUAUUGCAGCUUUGUCAAUAUGUGUCAUUAAUUGAUUAGGUACUUCCACAGUUGCCUUUUUUAUAAAAAAAAAAGUAUUGAUUGCCUUUCAUAAGCAGAGAUGUGUCAGCUGCUAGGAGUCUUAUUCAGCUACUUGUGCAACUUUCAGUAUUUGGGCCUACACAUUCACCCACGUAUCUUCACAGCCACAAGAAGUAGAAAGGUGGUUAAAAACAACUACUACUCCUCUUGAAGUUCUCAUAAAUUUGAAUUCUGCAUGCAGAAAUGCAAAAUACAGCCCUAAAUUUGCAGAAUCAAAUCUCACUCAUUUGCCACAUAAAUUGUCUCCAAUGCCCAAGAGUGAUGCUGCAUUGGGGGAAAUUAAAAUAGCAGACCUAGCUGCCUAUCGGAGCACUAGGCCAAUUUCCCUCCUCCCAAGUAGACUCCAAGGCAGGUAUUGGGCCCUGACAGCUGCCCAAGGUUGCCAGAUGUGACUGCUCACCUUGGCAUAAGAAUGCCGCCAUACCCUGCAAGUGUUCCAGAAACAGGGCAUCCCAUUGUUUCUCUCAAGAGAACGGCAGCCAUUUUGGAUGCCACCAUUUUUGCACGUUUUCACUCCAGCAUUCCAUCCUCAAGCGCUUUUGGGGGGUCACAUGUUUUGGGGCACCGUCCCCCAAAAAGCACUUUUUUCAGGGGAAAAUAAUGGCGUGAAAUUGUGCAAGAUCAUGGCAUCCAAAAUGGCCACCAUUCUCUCACAAGAAAAUAUGGGAGUAUGGCAUCUCUGAAGAUUGUGUGCUGGAUUUUGCUGUCAAGGUGUUGGAGGAUAUGUAAUACUCUUCUCCCCUCUCUUCUCGGUGUAUUAAUCGUUUUUAUCUCCCUCCCAGGUCUCCUUUGAAUUCAAGUCAGUUCUGCAUUCCCAAAUGGCUAACCUCUUCUUUGAUGAGGUAGCCAAGCGGAUGGUGUCAGCCUUUGAGCAACGGUUAAAGAAACUGUACAGUCCACAGGCUGCAAGCCAACCACACA